CGCGGCUCGGGCGGCUCCGGUUCCUGCUCGCCUUCAGUCCCUGGCGGCGCCCGCGGGGUCGCAUCGCCGUGCGGCUCGGCCCAUGCCCAGGGCCGCUGCUUUUUUAGCUGCCGCCCCGCCGCGGGCGCCCGGUGGGCCGCCGCGGCCCUGAGGUGGGGGCGGCCGCAGACGGAAGGCGGCGGGGCCGCCGGCGGACAGGAUCCGGGCGCAGCUCAGCGCAGCGCGGCGGGCGGAGGUCUAUGUUGCGGGCGGCGGCGGCCGCGGAGGGACGAUGCGCGAGUACAAAGUGGUGGUGCUGGGCUCGGGCGGGGUAGGCAAAUCCGCCCUGACCGUGCAGUUCGUGACCGGCACCUUCAUCGAGAAAUACGACCCCACCAUCGAGGACUUCUACCGCAAGGAGAUCGAGGUGGACUCGUCGCCGUCGGUACUGGAGAUCCUGGACACGGCGGGCACCGAGCAGUUCGCGUCCAUGCGGGACCUGUACAUCAAGAACGGCCAGGGCUUCAUCCUCGUCUACAGCCUGGUCAACCAGCAGAGCUUCCAGGACAUCAAGCCCAUGCGGGAUCAGAUCAUCCGAGUGAAGCGGUAUGAGAAAGUACCAGUCAUCUUGGUUGGGAACAAAGUGGACCUGGAGAGUGAGAGAGAAGUAUCCGCCAGUGAAGGCCGAGCCCUUGCCGAAGAGUGGGGCUGCCCUUUCAUGGAGACUUCUGCAAAGAGUAAAACAAUGGUGGAUGAACUCUUUGCAGAAAUUGUGAGGCAGAUGAACUAUGCUGCUCAGCCUGACAAAGAUGACCCAUGCUGUUCCGCCUGUAACAUACAAUAGCACCUGAGUGAGGCUGUCCUGAACAGGAUUUGCCUAGUAUUGUGGGCGAUAGAAAACUCGCCUACUCUGAUUCAGUUUGCAGGAUGUGUAGUACGGAUCUACCGUGCACUGCAACCCUUAUUCAGAAACGAGCAGUGAUGUCAGCUGGUGUCUCUGCGUACAUUUGGGUUCAGUGACUUAAGUUUUCACCAUUGUCCUCAGUCUCCUUAAUACAUCUGCAACUUGAAGGCACAGGCCAUCAGUCUACAGGGUGAUCUCAUUUGAAAGUGAUGGUGGUAUUGCCACUGAGCUGAAAGAAGCAACUGUUGUAUAAAUUAAAAAUAAUCAUGAGAGAGAAACCAGAAGAAUUCCUAUGACCACUUACAAUUAAAAUAUUUUGUUGUCUUUAAAAAAAAUAAGUAAAGGAGAAAUAUUUUCCUACAAGAGUACUGAAUUUCAAGAAUCGGGAUAGCGACUAACCAGUGCAUUCCAUCGAGUGAGACACCGGCUGGCUUGCCAUCAGGACUGCAGGGAAAGUGCUGAGCUGCCACGGUUCUGGUUUUCAAUUGAUGCUCAAUUGUAAAUGCUGUUCUGAUUUGAACCCUUGAUGGAGAGUCAGAGCAAGGUUGUGUGCAGAUAAAAUCUGGCUUUAGAAUUUAUUAAGUCACCUGCUUUGCCACAGACAAUGGAGGUUCUCCCAAGGGUUUGAUGAGAAUUUAAACCGCAAACCCACCUCUGUUAGCCAAGCAAGGGAUGGUCUUUUGCUUACUGAACAAGAAGGAAGCAACUGAGAUGGAGUAGUUGCCUAGCCUUAUUAACAAGGGCGCUCUAGUAGUUUACCUACUACCAUCACGUAAGGAAAAUGAAGCCAUGUUGCGUGCACACGGUCCCGUUUGCAGAACCUCACAGGACAGGACAAGUGUCUGGCAUUUUCAUGUUUGUUAAAGCAGCAGCUUCCUCCUCGCCUUCAAGGGCUGUGGUUGGGAUGUGACCCUGGGCUGACCUGCUUUGGAAAUCCAGUACUGUAGCACAGCUUUAUUGCAGGCAUUUCAAAAGUUGAAUAACCAUGUGAAAUAAUUUGGGCUUAAAAGUAGAACGUAAAUUACAGAGUGGAAGGCAAGGGACAAAAAAGCCUUUUAUCUUUAAUUUUCCUGGAGAAUUACAUAAAGGUUUUCUUGUAACCGUUUUGCCCUGAUUACUGAAGUGGCAAAUAAAGCUGGAGUGAAUAUUUUGUUUUGAAAAGGUGCUCAAGUUCUGACGUUUUGGGUUUUCAUAGCCGUGAAGUAUUUUUCAUUUGCAUGAGUAAUGGCACAGGAAAAACCGAUUGAGAAGUUUUAUAAUCAAGGGUAGAAGGGUUUCACCUCACUCUAGAGUUACAAAUGCUGAAGAGAUUGUCUUGAGCCCACCUUCUGGAGAUGAAUUUGGCCUUCAGAACUGCAAGGUCACCAAGCCUGCGAUACACUUUCCGCUCACACUUGCUUGGUUUCACAGUCUCGUGCAAGUAACCUCUGUCUUACGCGUGUAACUGGGAGAAGAGUGUGUGUUUGUGUGUGCAUGUGUGUCUUACUGCUCCUAAGAAUUUGGCACAAGUCAGAGAUAAUUGCCUAUACUGAGAAUCUAUACUGCAGAAUAUAGUGUAUCAAAAAACAUUUUUUCCUUUUGUUUGUCUUUUUAUAUACCACUGAAAUCAUUGGUAGCCUCUCCUCCCCAGUGUUUAGUAACUGGCAUUAAGAUUAAAGGAUAGAAAGAAAGGUCGGUAGUAUUUUUCAUAGGUGAGAAAACUGAAGAAAUAUUGUGGGUAAAACCAGGUCAUAGUUGUUAGAAAAAUCUUUGAAUUGUGAAUAUUUAGUCUUCAGUCUAAUUUUUUUAAAUAAUCUUCUGCUAUGAAGCACCUUGUUUGUAGGACAAAAAGUUUUAAUGAAACAAAUUUUACUAUGUUAAUGCUGAUUUGACUCAAACAUCUAGAGAAAUCAAAGAGUCAAGAAGUAUCACUCAUCUACAAGAGUAGAAAUAUUUGUUAGUGAAUUGGUUGAGUUUUAAAAGCGCCAUCCUCUCAGAGUGAUUCUGAUUUUUAGAAUUCCAUAACUGAUAACAAUUUAUGACAGCUCAGAUCGCCUAUUAGAAACGCUGUACAGAUUCCACCGUUUUUGCUGUGCACACAUGAAGAAUAAUGUGAAAGGGUUGGCAAAACAUAAGGUGGAAGAGAUCAUCUAAAAUUUGGGGUUUCGGUUAGAAAUGUUUGUCAGACAACAAGGUGGACUUUUACUGUAAAGAUGUUACUAAGAACUGACUUGGCUACCUGAUCAGUGUCUCCACACAACCCUACAUACGUAGUGACCAGGCAACAAGACAUCCCAAACGGGAAACCCUCCUGCACCCUCGGCGCUCCUCCGGCAUGAAGCUAACUCGGCAUGAAUGAGCGUGCUUGCCCAUGGUAGCAAAGGUCAGGAGCAGGAAGAGGGUCCUUGUUGGCAUGGGAAAUAAUAGUGGCUGUGGAGGCGGCUUGGCGACUUGGGAAUCACUGUUUAUUUCAUGCCCUGGUCAGACUAGCAACUAAAUAAGUGAAAGUUUUUCUAACAUGCCUUAAAAAUAUUAUGGUUUGAUCCAAAGACCCACUUUUUCUUUAGCUUUUGGGUUCUGGUUUUGUUUUGUUUUUUAUUUUUAUACACAGGCAGCAUUUUUUUCUUAAUUUUUUUUUGAUAUUGCAACUUUUGGUUCUUCUAAGCUGUGAUCGUGAUGGUAACUGAUGCCUUUCAUUUUGUUCAUCUUACACAAGACAAGCCAGCAUGUGAUCAGAAGUAUUACUUAAAAUCUUUCCUUAAACUACUGAAAGGUGCUUCGAUGAUUUUCCUCCUUUGGUUUGUAGAAUUAGGACUGAACUUUGACUCCAUUGCUCCGGUUGCCAUCACUCUUUGUGUUAAAACUACUGAUUUGCUUUUCUUUUGUGUUUGGCAUUUGAUUUCCAGUGUGAAUGUUGUCACUGUCUGUGUGGAUGUGAAAGUGCUGUACCUAGCUUGUGGCUCCUGGCUGUCUGUCCUUUGGUUUCGCUCUUAUCAGUAGUUCUCUGUUAGCACUGGGUAACCUUCAUUGUCUCCUUAGCUUAUCAAAUGUUAAAGACUAUGGGGUGUUUCUUUUCUUUUCUUUUCUUUUCUUUUUCAACUUGUUAUGUGCAUCUGUUCAAUCUUGAUCAGGGUUUCAAGAAUGACUGCAGUAGGUUUCGAAAACAAUUCAUCAUUAUCGAUUUGGGGUUUCCCAGACAUACAGUUCACAGUUAAUUACUGAGCUCUAAUACA